GUUUCAACCCCAGGUAUAAAAGAUCGACAAGUUGGACAAGGAAAAAUCAGUUUGCUUUCAUACCUCAAUCUUGUCUCAUCUCAUUAAGAAAAAAAUCGGGUUGAAUUUCAAUAUGAAACGGUUCGUUUUACUGUCCUUGUUGGUGGCAUCCGUCCACGGCAACGGGUACGGUGGGAGUGCCCCCUCUGCCCCCAGUGGUGGAUACGGCCAACCACAAUUCGCCCCCGCCGCCCCAGUCAUGAUGCACUACCAACAACACUCAGCCCCCCAACAAUACGGAGGUUAUUCACAACAGCAGAGCAGCCCAUCCUCCUACAGCGCCCCCCAAAGGUUCGCCCCCGUCGAAUCAGUCCGCGUCGCCUUCUCCGAUAACCACAUGGGAGGUGGAUAUGGUCAUCAGAGCUACUCUGCCCCUGCACCCGUCGCCGCACCAGUCUCCGUCUCCUACGGGUCAGGAUCAUCCGACUCUGGGAUGUACACGGGCGGAUAUGGAGGUCAAAGUUCCGAGAGUCACCACGGAAGCUAUGGAGCCCCCGCCCCAGUAGAAACUGUCCGCGUGUCGUACGGAUCUGGAUCCAGUGAUGCUGGUGCCUACGGAGCAAGUUCUGCUGCCCCAUCGUCUUCCUAUUCGUCCGCCCCCUCGUCCUCGGACAGUUAUUCUUCUUCUUACUCUGCCGCACCCACCAGAGCUCACGUUCCAGUGGAGACGGUCCGUGUCUCAUUCGGGUCAGGGGCUUCGAGCGACUCUUCUUCCUAUGGGGCAGCCUCCUCUUCCUCCUCCUCGUACGGAUCAUCCAGCAGUAGCAGUGAUGCCGGGUCUUCUUCUUACUCUGCCCCCGCCGCAUCCCCCUCGUACUCGACGUCCUCUGCUACUUCGUAUGGGUCUUCCUCCACCAGAAACAAUGUCCCAAUUGUGCGACACACCCAGGACAUUUCUUCUUCUGGACAUAGCUACGAUUUCGCGACUGGGGAUGGAAUCUCUCACAGUGAGACGACCUCUGUCCGUCAAGGUGCUGGGGGAUACAAGAGCUCCGGGUAUGGAAGUUCCGGAUCUUCCGGAUCUGGGUCUGAAGUAGCCAAGCAUGGCCGAUUCUCGUACACUUCUCCGGAAGGAAAGAAGAUCUCGCUCAACUACCAGGCUGAUUCGCAAGGAUUCCGUGCCCAGGGCGACCACUUGCCCACACCACCCCCAAUCCCAGCCGAGAUUGCCAAGUCUCUCCGUUCCUCCUCCGGAUAUGGAGCUACUAAAUCUUCAUCUUAUUAAAUUAAUUAUAUAUUGAUUUCCAUUAUUAAUUUCACAAUAUUUUGUGUGCUGUCCUAAUUGUUGUGCUGUU